AUGGACGCCUCUAACUCCCCUACCUGCAGCUCGCGCAGGGCCGACCGCAGAACCCGCGAGCUCUACCGGUACUUCCAGCCAUCCAGGCAAUCUGCCUUCAAGUCUCCCGAUAUUGACGAUUCCCCCCCGGUCUCCCUGUCGACUUCUAUCCUAGACACCGAUUCCGCAUCUUCAUCUCCUCCCGAUAUCAUCGUUCCUCAUGUCUUCGACGACGACAUUGCUGUCUUGGGCUCCCAUAGUCCGACCUUGACCUCCUUUGCCCAGCUGGCUGCCCUGCGCCUGAAUGCCCAGCGUGCCAUGAUCUGGUUCGUCGCUUGCCCUCUGUCUUUUAUUUCACUUUGCUUUCCUUUAUAUAUAUGUUAUUCCUGGCUGACCUCCCUCUGGUGUCUUCGACCGUGA